UCCGGCGACAACAGUGAGUGUGCCAUGCACAUGUCCUCCACGUGUGAGGUCAAGACCCUGGGUCAGGCCGUGUGGUGGACAGGAGAGUGCUAUACUGCUGUAAUCACACUCUUCCGGAGCAAGUUUUUCUGUUGCUACAUUUCGCCUCCCAGACUCUUUGUCACCGGACCGCCCGGUACAGUAAACUGUGGUGCUGCUGCUGAUGGCCAUACAGUGGCUGCGUGUGGUCACACGUCUACGUUGUCAGUACGUGGUGGGGGAGUCGUGCAGCGUGCAGCAUGUUGUAUCACCUGUUGCUGCAGACAGUAAACACACUACAGUCACCAGGUGUGUCCCCCGGUCAGCCUCACCUCCUUCUGUAUGAAGUUGAUGACGAUACAGAUUUAAAUAAGGCUGUCAACGACUUGUCACAGGCGGCGAGGGGAGGACCGUUGUACGUCAUCGCUGAUGAAGCGGUGAGCAAGUACAGUGGUAGCAAUGAGAUCAGCUACAUCCAGACUUUCUGUGACAAGCUGUUCACGCAAGUUCCUCGUCUCCAUUUUUGGGCGUCAAGUUGUUACCAUGAAGACACACCCGUCGGCUGGCAAGUGGUACAUUUAACCAGACCCCUCCGCUCUCCCCCGACCGUCGUCAGGGAAGUGAAAAAGGACGUGAAGAUCACUAAACACGGUUAUGUAAAGCCAUACAGUGAGCGAGGUGUGCCCGACCACACAGACGGCCCGCCAGUCAGACGACUGUAUCACCGAGGUCAGGGUCACUCAGGUCGCUGGCCAGGUGAUUGUGUCAGAUGUGGUGGUAAGGUGGCGAGAGUCCUCCAACGUCUCCGUGUUGAUGUUACUGAGAAUAUCACACCAACAUCUACAGCAGUCACCUCCACCAGCGAUUGCACAACACCACCCUGUCUACAGUGGAGAGACGUGUUUGUGUUGUACUGGUAUGAAGGUAGUGAAAACACCGGUAUGGUGAAUAAACUGCAAGAAGCGGGUAUCCCAGUGCGGGUGAUGAAGGAUGAUGACAUCGAGGACGUGGCCACGGCCCGCAGUGACGUGGUGUGGGUGGCAGGUGGACACCGUGUUCGUGGUCUGGAGAGAAAAGUCGUCGUGUGUCUAGGGGACCCUGCUUUUGACUCGUUUAGGUCUGAACGUGAAAGACAUACACCUGAGUUACGGCAGUACAACCCAGGGUCAGCCCGACUUGACCUCAUGUCCCGCUGUACGUCACAGCUUGUGAUUAUCUCCGCUCACCACUAGGUGCCUGAAGGUGACUGACACUGACACACCUGUCACCUGUUUAGCCUUAGUUGCUGGCUCGACGUAAAACACCAACUGAUUUAUUUGUCUUUAGUGUUUCUCUUCUUCUACUCUCAGUCUAUCAUCUAGUUAUCACCUCGUGACGUCAUACACAUGGCGUCAUUAAAUUUGUCUCCCAACACGUGUCUCUGUUUACACAACAACUAGUGUCAACAUUACGCUCUACACACUGGGUAUUUUUUACACGACAAUAGAUUGUGUUACUGCCUGCAGUUCAUGACAUUACACUAACACUGUCUUAUUUCGUCUGAAAUAAAAUGUUUUUGUAUAUUAAAUAUAUUUUCAAUACGAUCGAAAUUAAAAAUGUGUGUAUUGCUU